AUGGAUUACAUUUCGGAGAAUAAUGAAGAGAAUUUAAGGACGAAGAAGGUUUACAAUCCAGAGAAAGAAUCUUCUUUCUUUUAUGGACCAGCAACACCUUAUGAGAGUGGAGGAUUUGGAUGUGGACAUGUUAAUGAAGCAUAUGUUGAAGAAGAAUUUCAAGAAUCUGAGUAUAAUGAGGAUGAAUCUGGUGGUGAUGAGGUUGAAUCUGAUGGUGAAGAGGAUUUAUGUGAUGAGGAUGAAGAAGAUUUUGAUGUUAAUAAGUAG